AGACGUGGACACGUUCUGAAGACAUCGUAGACUUGAACUGAAGUAGAUUUUCAGCUGAUCUAACUUUUCCCAGCGUUAGCAGCAGAACGUCCCUUUAUGAAGUGAUUUAAAUGCAACGCUGUGACGCCUCUCUGUCGCCUGUGUUUGACUGACACUGAGGUUUUAUAAACCGAUGGUGGGCGUGUCCUGAGAGAGAGAGAGUUAUUAGUGCAGGCUCAGAACAGACGCUUCACACUUUCAGCCAUGACUCUCUCCACGGUCACAGCGGUGUGUGUGGCCACUCUGCUCACUCUCCUGACAACACCAGAGUGUCAGGCACAGCUCAGUGUGUGCGGCAAAGCUACGCUCAACACCAAGAUUGUUGGAGGUCAGGUGGCCAUCGAGGGCAGCUGGCCCUGGCAGGUCAGCCUGCAAAGGAGUGGGAAUCACUUCUGUGGAGGAUCCCUCAUCAACAGUGAGUGGGUUCUGACGGCAGCUCACUGUUUCUCAAGUGUGAGCACCAAUGGCCUGAUUGUGUCGCUGGGCCGUCAGACACAACAGGGAGCCAACACCAACGCAGUGAGUCGAGUCGUGAAACAGAUCAUCAACCAUCCCAACUACGACUCGGACACCAACGACAACGACAUCUCCCUCCUGAAGCUCGCCGCACCCGUUACUUUCACCAACUACAUCCUGCCCGUCUGCCUCGCAGCUCCAGACAGCAGCUUCCACAACGGCACCAGCACCUGGGUCACCGGCUGGGGCAACAUUGAAUCUGGAGUUCCUCUUCCUUCCCCAGAAAACCUGAUGGAGGUGGAGGUGCCAGUCGUCGGGAACAGACAGUGUUUCUGCGACUACAGUGUUCGAAGUAUCGGCAUCACUGACAACAUGAUCUGUGCCGGGUUACAAGCUGGAGGGAAGGAUUCUUGUCAGGGCGAUUCAGGCGGUCCUCUGGUGAGCAAGCAGGGCAUUCAGUGGAUCUUGGCAGGAGUCGUGAGUUUUGGAGUAGGAUGUGCUGAACCUAAUUUCCCAGGAGUCUACACCAGAGUGUCCCGCUAUCGAACCUGGAUCGAGGACCAGGUCACCACCAACCAGCCAGGCUUCGUCACUUUCACUUCCACUGGGACUGACGGUGACCUGUCUGUCAACUGCCCCGGGCUGCCGUCAACCACCGCCCCUCCAACCACCACAGCACCACCUGUGGUUUGUGGCCAAGCCCCGCAGAAUUCUCGUCUUGUGGGCGGAGUGUCGGUGUCGACGCCCGCCCAGUGGCCGUGGAUGGCGAGUGUCCAGAAGAAUGGAAUACACGUGUGUGGUGGGACGCUGGUGGCUGUGGACGCUGUGCUCAGCGACGCCGACUGUUUCUCGAGUUCACCCACAGCGUCUCAGUGGACCGUCGUCCUCGGUCUUCUCCAACAGAACGGCUCCAACCCCUUUGAGGUGACGGUGAACGUGACCAACAUCACCAUGAGCAACCAGACUGGCUCUAACGUCGCAGUGCUGCAGCUGGAAGCUCCACCCACCCGGUCCAACUACAUCCAGCCCAUCUGCCUGAGUAACGGACACACGUUCGGCCUGGGCUCGGCGUGCUUUGCUGCCGGCUGGAGCGCCGGGCGAGGAGGGGAGGAACAAGUUCUGCAGGAGUUCCAGACGUCGGUGGUGGAUUGUGGGAACGUGUCAACGACUGACAGCAUCUGUACGGGAGAUUUCACACUGGAGCAGGGAGAUUCUGGCGGUCCGCUGAUGUGUAAGCAGGACGGCUCCUGGUUCCAGGCGGCGGUUUUAUCGGCUGAAAACAACUCCAGCACAGAAACACGAGCGGGUGAAAUUAAAGUCCUCACCUCACUCAACAGCUACAGCAGCUUCUUGUCUCAGACCCUGGGGACGUUCUUGUCUCCAGCCUCCACCAACAGCAGCAACAACAACACCACCAACAGCACGGCUGCUCCCAACACCACCAGUGGGGGCGCUCUGCCACACCCCUCCUUCUUCUUCCUCUUCCAAAUCCUCGUCCUCUCGCUGUGUCUCCUCCUGUCGUCAUUCAUGACUCUGUACAAAGUGUCGAGUGUGAGGACUCUGCCGCUGCUGCUGCUGCCACUGCUGCUGCUGCUGCUGCUGCUGCUGCCAGAAACUCAGGCGCAGCUCGACGUGUGCGGUCGACCGCGGCUCAACAGCAGGAUUGUUGGAGGGGACGAUGCUCACCCUGGAAGUUGGCCCUGGCAAGUCAGUCUCAACCAAAAUGGAGUUCAACAAUGUGGAGGAUCACUCAUCAACAACCAGUGGGUGCUGACAACGACAAGCUGCUUAAACUCCGGCACGUCAGGUCUGGUUGUGUACCUUGGUCGUCAGAGUCAGGAGGGAUCCAACCCACAUGAGGAGUCUCGUACUGUGGCACACAUCAUCAUUCAUCCCAGCUUUGAUUCAAGCUCAAAUAACAACGACAUCGCCCUCCUGAAACUCUCCUCACCCGUGAAUUUCACCAACUAUAUCCUGCCCGUCUGCCUCGCAGCCUCAGACAGCACCUUCCACAACGGCACUGACGCCUGGGUCACCGGCUGGGGCAACAAGGCAUUAGGAGAGCCUCUGCCUUCGCCUCAGAACCUGACGGAGGUGCAGGUGCCAGUUGUGGGAAACCGACAGUGUCAAUGUUCCUAUGGCAGGUCGAGUAUCUCAGAAAACAUGAUGUGCGCCGGGCCACAAGCUGGAGGGAAAGGACCCUGUCAUGGAGAUGGAGGCGGUCCACUGGUCAGCAAGCAGAAUGGGACCUGGAUCCAGGCUGGAAUUACAAGUUUCGGUUUGGGUUGUGCUCUGCCUAAUUUCCCAGCUGUUUACACCAGAGUGUCGCAGUACCAGAGCUGGAUCAACAGUCAUGUUACUGACAGCCCGCCUGGAUUCAUCACCUUCAACUCCAUUGGGACUGAUGAAGAUCUCUCAGCCACCUGUACCAUCCUGACGCCACCUCCAUCCCUCCCCCCAACACCUGCAGCUGAAAUUUGUGGUCGCCCUCCGCUCAACACCAGGAUUGUUGGAGGACAGGAGGCUGUCGUGGGCAGCUGGCCCUGGCAAGCCGUUGUUAUUCAUUUAGGAACCUUCUGUGGAGGCUCCCUCAUUAACCGUGAAUGGGUGCUGACAGCCGCUCACUGUGUACGGAGAAAUGUCACAGCUUCCACAGUUGUGGUUCUGGGAUUGCACAGUCUAUCGGUAUGGACUGGAACGUAUGUGGUUCUGGGGGUGGAGCAGAUUAUCAUCCAUCCCGACUACGUAGUCCGUACGGGGAACAAUGACAUUGCCCUCCUGAAACUCUCCUCACCCGUCAAUUUCACCAACUACAUCCUGCCCGUCUGCCUCGCAGCCUCAGAAAGCGCCUUCCACAACGGCACUGACGCCUGGGUCACCGGCUGGGGAGCUGUUCAACUUGGAGUGUCUAUUCCUGCACCACACUCCCUGAGAGAGGUGGAGUUGCCAGUUGUAGGGAACAAAGAGUGCAACUGUUUCUAUGGAGUUGGUGCAAUCACAGACAACAUGAUGUGCGCCGGAUUACAAGCCGGAGGGAAGGAUACCUGUGAGGAGGAUUCCGGUGGUCCACUGGUGAGUAAGUAUGACAGUCGCUGGAUCCAGGCAGGAGUCGUGAGUUCUGGAGCUGAGUGUGGUAAGCCUGGCUUGCCUGGAGUCUACACCAGAGUGUCGCGGUAUGAGUCCUGGAUCAAGAGCCAUAUCAACAGUGACCCACCAGGCUUCGUCUUCUUCAGGUCCAAUGGCACUGACGGAGAUCUCAACGCCACCUGUAAAGACCUGCCACCACUUAUACUUCCUGCACCUACAACUGUCCCACCGUCCAAACCUGUGGUUUGUGGCCAAGCCCCGAAGAAUUCUCGUAUUUUGAAUGGAGCUUCGGUGUCGACAGCCGGUGAAUGGCCAUGGAUGGCGAGUCUCCAGAAGAAUGGAACACACGUGUGUGGUGGGACGCUGGUGGCUGUGGAUGCUGUGCUGAGUGAUGCCAGCUGUUUCUCAAGUUCACCCAUAGCGUCUCAGUGGACCGUCAUCCUCGGCCGUCUCAAACAGAACGGCUCCAACCCCUUUGAGGUGAUGGUGAGCGUGACAAACAUCACCAUGAGCAACCAGACUGGCUCCAACAUCGCAGUGCUGCAGCUGGAAGCUCCGCCCACCCGGUCCGACUACAUCCAGCCCAUCUGCCUGGGUAUGGGACAAACGUUCGGCGUGGGCUCGGCGUGCUUUGCCACCGGCUGGAGUGCCGGGCGAGGAGGGGAGGAACAAGUUCUGCAGGAGUUCCAGACGUCGGUGGUGGAUUGUGGGAACACGGCAACGACUGACAGCAUCUGUACGGGAGAUUUCACACUGGAGCAGGGAGAUUCUGGUGGUCCGCUGAUGUGUAAGCAGGACGGCUCCUGGUUCCAGGCGGCGGUUUUAUCGGCUGAAAACAACUCCAGCACAGAAACACGAGCGGGUGACGUAAACGUCUUCACCUCACUCAACAGCUACAGCAGCUUCUUGUCUCAGACCCUGGGGAUGCUCUUGUCUCCAGCCUCCAACAACAACAGCAACAACAACAACAACAACACCAACAGCACGGCUGCUCCCAACACCACCAGUGGGGGCGCUCUGCCACACCCCUCCUCCUUCUUCCUCUUCCACGUCCUCGUCCUCUUGCUGUGUCUCCUCCUGUCGUCAUAAACAAACGUCCCUGUUCAUCGGUAGUUUUACAUGAAGUGAGCGACACAAAUGAAUGUAAACACUGGUUUACACUGAGCUCUGAUUUAUAGUCUGCUGUGUUGUGAGCGCCCCCCUGUGACGGGAACGAGACACAGCGGCUCACCCUGCUACGACCUGACACAGUUUAAAUCACACAGGUUAAGUUCAGACAGACUUUUCCAAGGAAACGGAGAGUGAGUGGUUCACCAACUUCACUUUCCUGUUGGAAAAGUCUGUCUGACGAUGAAGACAAUAUUUUACACAAAAUCUAAGUAGAUUUUCAUUAGGUUGGUCUUUUCCCCUGGUUUUCAGUGGUUUUCUGUCACAAAAUCUUGGAUAAAUUGCUAUAUAUACAGUAUAUACUGGAUAUGUACAUAUACUUGUGUACAUAUAUAUAUAUGUAUAUAUAUAAGAACUUAUUCUAUGAGCUUUCACACAUCACUGUUCUGCACUUUGAUCUUAACGUUUUACUUUCAGUCAUUAAACAUUUUUACUGUUUCACAACA